AGAAAGUUCUACUCUCCUGGACCGCCUCUUCCUGGCUGCAGCGUGCUCCGCGUGACCUCCCAUAGGCUCCUCCUGUCCCAGAGGCUGCAUAAGUUCCCGCCAGAUGUUUAAGUUUCGUUUUUAAGCCGUCACUGAGAGUUCCUCUUCCCGCCGCCCUUUCCUCGAAGUCGAUUCUCCUUUCUGGCAGCCAGGAGCCUCGGAUCAUGGACUCUAGACGUGUAAGGACAACUUGGAACUCUCCGCGGGCCGGAGCUGCCGGCGCGGACGCCUGGGAGCCCGGUGCUACCGACACCCCGGCCGAGCCCAGCGGGACCCGGGCCGCCAGGCCCCACGCGGGAAGCUGCGGCCGAGCCAGGGGGGCGCGAUCGCUGCGGGCGGAGUGCACCGGGGCCUCCACGGGGGAGCCGCCAGCCUGCGCGCCCGGAGCGCGCCCCGGUAGGGCGUCAGUGCGCGCGAAGGAUGCUCAGCCCACCGCCCCCGAGCCGCCCGCCGAUACCGGGUCCCGGGAGGACGCAGCGGGGCCUCACCCCAGGAGAGGCGCGCGCUCCCGGAGGGGACCCAGCAUCCCGACAACGUCGGGUGAGCCUGGAGCCUGCGCGCCUCCAGUGAGCCCCGGGAGGGCGUCGGUGCGCAGGAAGGAUGCUCCGCGCUCCACCGCGGGUGACACCGAGCACCCAGAGGAUGAGGCGGGGCCUCGCCGCGGGAGAGGCGCGCGCUCCAGACCCGAGCCCAGCACCCGGGUAGCGUCGGGUGAGCCGCGAGCCCGCGGGCCUCGAGCGCGCCCCGGGAGGGCGUUGGUGCGCACGAAAGAUGCUCAGCCCGCCACUGCGGACGAAGCACCCGCGCUACCGGAGAGAGACCCGGAGCAGUCCGCCAGCCCCGAGCCGCCCGCGGUCGCAGCCGGGCCUCGGCCAGGGAGAGGGGCGCGCUCUGUGCGGGAGCCCAGAGCCCCGCCGACAUCCAGGGAGCUGCGGGCCAGGAGCCUCGGACUGAGGGAGGUGGCGUCAGACGACUGGAAUCCCCGGCCAGUGCUAGACAAAUUGAGGUUGAGACGCGCGGAAAUCUCGGUGGCGGCCAAGGUGGUCAAUGGGGUCGUGGCGCACCUGCUCCGGAGAGUGCGGAACCGGGAGUCGGAGUUCAAAGACCUGGCCCUGAUGAACACUGGGAGUUACUACGAGCACGUGAAGAUUUCUGCACCUAAUGAAUUUGAUGUCAUGUUUAAACUGGAAGUCCCCAGAAUUGAGCUACAAGAAUAUUGUAACACUGGUGCUUAUUACUUUGUGAAGUUCAAAAGACUUCCGAAUGGAAAUCCUCUAAAUCAGUUUUUAGAAGAGGAAAUGUUAUCAGCUUCCAAGAUGUUGUCUAAGUUUAGGAAAAUCAUUGAGGAAGAAGUUAAAAACAUUAAAGGUACAGAGGUCAGUGUGGAGGAGGGAAAACCUGGAAGCCCUGCUGUCACUCUCCUCAUCAGAAACCCUGAGGAGAUAUCUGUGGACAUAAUUCUGGCUUUGGAAUCAAAAGGCAGCUGGCCUGCUAGCACUAAGGAAGGACUUCCCAUUGAAAGCUGGCUUGGAAGAAAAGUCAGAACCAAACUAAGACUGGAGCCAUUUUACCUCGUACCCAAGAAUGCAAAAGAAGGAGACAGUUUUCAAGGAGAGACGUGGAGGCUAUCUUUCUCUCACACUGAAAAGUACAUUUUGAAUAAUCAUGGAACAGAUAAAACAUGCUGUGAAGCUGAUGGAGUGAAAUGUUGCAGGAAAGAAUGUUUAAAGCUAAUGAAAUACCUUUUGGAACAGUUGAAAAAAGAGUUUGAAGAACUGGAUAAAUUCUGUUCUUAUCAUGUGAAAACCGCCAUCUUUCAUAUGUGGACUGAGAACCCACAGGACAGCCAGUGGGAUCCCAAACUCCUAAGUUCCUGCUUUUUAAAUUUUGUGACAUAUUUUAUUGAGUGCCUCAAGACAGAAAAACUGGAACAUUUUUUUAUUCCUAAAUUCAAUCUAUUCUCUGAAGAACUAGUUGAUACAAAAAGUAAAGAAUUUCUCUCAAAGAAAAUCGAAUAUGAAAGGAACAAUAGAUUUCCAAUUUUUGAUAAAUGUUGAAGAGAGAGAGAGAGAGAGAGAGAG